AUGAGGGCAGACAACGGAACUCCUGAUGUGUCUGUGGUGAGCAGCAGUGUAUCUGGACAUGAAGGUGGUAAUGUCAGUGUCCAGUGUUUCUACACUUCUGGAUAUCAGAAUCAGCCCAAACAGUGGUGCAGAUAUAAAGAUCAGAGCUGUUACACAGUGGGGAGGACUGACACAUCCCAGAAUCCAUCAGUCCAGAUCAGUGAUGAUGGGAGAAGAUCCUUCACUGUGCUGAUGACUGGACUGAGACUCAGUGAUUCUGGAUGGUUCUUCUGCUCUGCUGGAGAGGCAAUGAACCCUGUUCAUCUCACUGUAAUUGAGGCAAAACCAGUAAGUGUGUCCGGCGCUGAGAAGGACAAAUGGCAUUUCUGUCUGUCACAGAACUAGAGUUUUCUCCACAUCGACCUGAAAGAUCAGAUGAUUAUAAACUGCUGAUUCUGCUUUUGCUUUACACUCAGUCAGAAGACUAAAGAUCUGUGUGUAGAAUGUAUUACACGUCUACAUUUGCUAAAUGCCUAAAUGUCUGUAAUGUAUUUUUUUCCUCACCAUUUUUCUUCAAAUGUAUUUUUUUCUUUUAUCAAAAGUGACUUACAAAUGAGGAAUAUACCAAAUAAAUUUUAUUUAUUUUUUUUCAAUUUAGCCAAAA